AUGAGUGUUGCGGCCGCAUUCGAACAACGGCUCGAGUCCGGCGUCAGGGUGAACAGCUUCGAGUCGAGGCCGCUUCGCUACAGCACGAGUCGAGGACUUGCCAGUGAACAAGACAGCGCCUUCAUUCUUCCAUGUGGAGUUUUCAACAAGCACUUGGGGGCAUGGUGUCCUGGACGAGUAGGUUCUACUCGCCUGCACGCUUAUAGAUGCGGGAGCGUGCGGCCUCGCCGCCUCUGUCUGCGAGGGCUCCUAGGACGGCCUGUUCCACCGCUACAGGCGCCUCAGCCAGUUGGCAUACCAGGCAAAGAGAUCGUUAUCGCUGGCGGUGGGCUUGCAGGUCUCUCUUGUGCGAAGUACCUGGCCGAGGCAGGCGUUCGACCUAUCGUGCUCGAGUCGCGGAAUGUGCUUGGUGGCAAGGUAGCCGCAUGGAAGGACGCCGACGGUGACUGGUACGAAACCGGUCUGCAUAUCUUCUUUGGCGCGUACCCAAAUAUGCUCCAGUUGUUUCGUGAGCUCCGUAUUGAAGACCGUCUCCAAUGGAAAGAGCACUCCAUGAUUUUCAACAUGCGGGAGAGACCUGGUGAGUACUCGCGUUUCGACUUUCCCGAAGCACUUCCGGCGCCCCUGAACGGGAUCUGGGCGAUACUUUCGAACCGUGAAAUGCUAACCUGGCGGGAGAAAGUGCUGUUUGCGAGGGGCCUUGUACCAGCAAUGCUGAAGGGACAAGCGUAUGUCGAUGGAUGCGACAAACUCACCUGGACGGAGUGGCUUCGCCAGCAAGGUAUACCCGAACGUGUGAAUGAUGAGAUCUUUAUUGCAAUGAGCAAAGCGUUGAAUUUCAUCAAUCCCGACGAAAUCAGCGCUUCAGUUGUACUCGUUGCUUUGAACCGUUUCCUUCAGGAGGCAAAGGGUAGCAAGAUGGCGUUCCUGGACGGUGCGCCACCUGAGCGGCUCUGUGAACCGUUGGUACAGGCCAUAGAAGCUGCAGGUGGAGUCGUUAAAUGCAACCAACGAGUAAGCGAAAUUAUCUACGACGAGAAAAGUUGCCUCGUUCGAGGUUUGAAACUCAAAUCUGGAGAGGUGAUUGAAGCCGAUGCCUAUGUAUCUGCUGUACCCGUAGACAUUCUGAAAUUGCUCGUUCCAGAGGUAUGGAAACAUACGUUCCCCGAGUUCGCUCGUCUUGAACAUCUCGAAGGUGUUCCCGUUAUCAAUAUUCACCUGUGGUUUGAUCGGAAGCUCACCGACGUUGACCAUUUGCUUUUCUCCCGUUCGCCGCUUCUAAGUGUCUACGCCGACAUGAGCAAUACCUGUCGAGGGUACGCGGACCCAGACCGGUCCAUGCUGGAACUCGUAUUCGCGCCAGCGAAAGAUUGGAUUGGUCGUUCCGAUGAAGCUAUUGUGCAAGCAACGAUGGCAGAGCUCGAGAUUCUCUUUCCGCGUCAUUUUGGCCCGCACGCUGAGCAACCGGCACGCCUGCGCAAGUACCACGUGGUGAAAACGCCACGAUCGGUGUACAAGACCACAAAAGGACUCCAACCGUAUCGGCCGGCACAGAAAACAUCAAUCAAAAAUUUCUUCCUGGCGGGAGACUACACCCAACAAAUGUAUUUCGCAAGCAUGGAAGGCGCAGUGCUCAGUGGAAAGCUCGCUGCCCACGAGAUAUGUAAUGCCCUGCGAGCAGGCGAGCUGCCAGCUCGUCUGACUGAUGCUGUCCUCGCAGCAAGCUAG